UCCAGGAAGGGCUGUCAGGUCUGGUGCUUCAGGGCCUCCCCGAGGGGAGAGAAGGCCUUCGGACCAAGCCCAAGGGCUUCAGUGCUCCGGCACUCCGGGGGCGAGGAACUGCGGCCAGGCAGUUUCGGGCUCCCGAGGGUGGUGAGUCGGUACCCGGCAGCGAGCGGGCAGGCCGUCAGCUGCCCGGCCCGUCGCCUACCUCCCCGCCCCCCGGCUUCCUGCGGAGGCCGCGUCCGCCAUGUUGUUGUGGGGCUGAGGCGGCGCCCGGGAGCCCGAGCGGCCGUGACAGGCUACGCAACAGGUUCGCUGGCGGCGGCCUGACUACCAAGCCGGCUGCGGCGGCGACGGCCAAGCAGGGUCUCCUGGCGCCUGCUCGCGCUCACGCUGCCGGUGCUGAGGAGCGCGGAGUCGCGCUGUGACGUGAGAGAGGCGCGGCGGGGGCGCCAGAUGGCUGAAAGCUAGCAAGGAAAAUUCAGGACCAUGAUGGCUCAGUUUCCCACAGUUAUGAAUGGAGGGCCAAACAUGUGGGCCAUUACCUCUGAAGAACGUACUAAGCAUGACAAGCAGUUUGAUAACCUCAAACCUUCAGGAGGUUACAUAACAGGUGACCAAGCACGUACUUUUUUCCUACAAUCAGGUCUGCCGGCUCCUGUUUUAGCUGAAAUAUGGGCUUUGUCAGACUUGAACAAGGAUGGCAAGAUGGAUCAGCAGGAAUUCUCCAUAGCUAUGAAACUCAUCAAACUAAAGCUUCAAGGCCAGCAGUUGCCCAUGGUUCUUCCUCCUAUUAUGAAACAACCUCCCAUGUUCUCUCCAUUAAUUUCUGCUCGUUUUGGAAUGGGAAGCAUGCCCAAUCUGUCCAUUCCUCAGUCAUUGCCUCCAGUUGCACCUAUAGCAACACCCUUGUCCUCUGCGACUUCAGGGACCAGCCUUCCUCCCUUAAUGAUGCCCGCUCCCCUAGUGCCUUCUGUUAGCACAUCAUCAUUACCAAAUGGAACUGCCAGUCUCAUUCAGCCUUUAUCCAUUCCUUAUUCUUCUUCAACAUUGCCUCAUACAUCAUCUUACAGUCUGAUGAUGGGAGGAUUUGGAGGUGCUAGUAUACAGAAGGCCCAGUCUCUGAUUGAUUUAGGAUCUAGCAGCUCAACUUCCUCGACUGCUUCACUCUCAGGGAACUCACCCAAAACUGGGACCUCAGAGUGGGCGGUUCCUCAGCCUUCAAGAUUAAAAUAUCGGCAAAAAUUUAAUAGUCUUGACAAAAGCAUGAGUGGAUACCUCUCAGGUUUUCAAGCUAGAAACGCCCUUCUUCAGUCAAAUCUUUCUCAAACUCAGCUAGCUACUAUUUGGACUCUGGCUGACAUUGAUGGUGAUGGACAGCUAAAAGCAGAAGAGUUUAUCCUUGCAAUGCACCUCACUGACAUGGCCAAAGCUGGACAGCCAUUACCGCUGACUUUACCUCCUGAACUUGUCCCUCCAUCUUUUAGAGCAGGAAAGCAAAUUGAUUCCAUUAAUGGAACUCUGCCUUCAUAUCAGAAAAUGCAAGAAGAGGAACCUCAGAAGAAAUUACCAGUUACUUUUGAGGACAAGCGGAAAGCCAACUAUGAGCGAGGGAACAUGGAACUGGAGAAGCGACGCCAGGCCUUGAUGGAGCAGCAGCAGAGGGAGGCAGAACGCAAAGCCCAGAAAGAAAAGGAAGAGUGGGAACGAAAACAGAGAGAAUUACAAGAACAAGAAUGGAAGAAACAGCUUGAAUUAGAAAAACGCUUGGAGAAACAGAGGGAAUUGGAGCGACAGCGAGAGGAAGAAAGGAGAAAAGAGAUAGAAAGACGAGAGGCAGCAAAACAGGAACUUGAACGCCAACGUCGCUUAGAAUGGGAAAGAAUUCGUCGUCAGGAACUUCUCAAUCAAAAGAAUAGAGAACAAGAAGAAAUUGUCAGGUUAAAUUCUAAAAAGAAGAGUCUUCAUCUUGAGUUGGAAGCACUGAAUGGCAAACAGCAGCAGAUCUCAGGCAGACUUCAAGAUGUCCGACUGAGAAAGCAAACUCAAAAGACUGAGCUGGAAGUUCUGGAUAAGCAAUGUGACCUGGAAAUUAUGGAAAUCAAGCAACUUCAACAGGAACUUCAGGAAUAUCAAAAUAAGCUUAUCUAUCUGGUACCUGAGAAGCAAUUAUUAAAUGAAAGAAUUAAAAACAUGCAGCUCAAUAACACACCUGAUUCAGGAAUCAGUUUACUUCAUAAAAAAUCAUUAGAAAAGGAAGAAUUAUGCCAAAGACUUAAAGAACAGUUAGAUGCUCUUGAAAAAGAAACUGCAUCGAAGCUGUCAGAAAUGGAUUCUUUUAACAAUCAACUAAAGUGUGGGAAUAUGGAUGACUCAGUUCUUCAGUGCCUUUUGUCUCUGCUAAGCUGUCUCAACAACCUCUUCCUCUUACUUAAGGAACUGAGAGAAAGCUAUAAUACACAACAGUUAGCCCUUGAACAACUUCAUAAGAUCAAACGUGACAAAUUGAAGGAAAUUGAAAGAAAAAGAUUAGAGCUAAUCCAGAAAAAGAAACUAGAAGAUGAGGCUGCAAGGAAAGCCAAGCAAGGAAAAGAAAACUUAUGGAGAGAAAGUCUUAGAAAGGAGGAAGAAGAAAAACAAAAGCGACUCCAGGAAGAAAAAACACAAGAAAAAAUUCAAGAAGAGGAACGGAAAGUUGAGGAGAAACAAUGCGAGACAGCUAGUGUUUUGGUGAAUUAUAGAGCAUUAUACCCCUUUGAAGCAAGGAACCAUGAUGAGAUGAGUUUUAAUUCUGGGGAUAUAAUUCAGGUUGAUGAAAAAACCGUAGGAGAACCUGGUUGGCUUUAUGGUAGUUUUCAAGGAAGUUUUGGCUGGUUUCCAUGCAACUAUGUAGAAAAAAUGCCAUCAGGUGAAAAAGCUGUGUCUCCUAAGAAGGCCUUACUUCCUCCUACAGUAUCUUUACCUGCUACCUCAACUUCUUUUGAACCACUUCCUUCAAAUCAACCAGCAUCAGUGACUGAUUAUCAAAAUGUAUCUUUUUCAAACUUAAGUGUUAAUACGUCAUGGCAGAAAAAAUCAGCCUUCACUCGCACUGUGUCCCCUGGCUCUGUAUCACCUAUUCAUGGACAGGGACAGGUUGUAGAAAACCUAAAAGCACAGGCCCUUUGUUCCUGGACUGCAAAGAAAGAUAAUCACCUGAACUUCUCAAAACAUGAUAUUAUUACUGUCUUGGAGCAGCAAGAAAAUUGGUGGUUUGGGGAGGUGCACGGAGGAAGAGGAUGGUUUCCAAAAUCUUAUGUUAAGAUCAUUCCUGGGAGUGAAGUAAAGCGGGAAGAGCCAGAAGCUUUGUAUGCAGCUGUAAAUAAGAAACCUACCUCUGCAGCCUAUCCAGUUGGGGAAGAAUAUAUUGCACUUUAUCCAUAUUCAAGUGUGGAACCUGGAGAUUUGACUUUCACCGAAGGUGAAGAAAUAUUGGUGACCCAGAAAGAUGGAGAGUGGUGGACAGGAAGUAUUGGAGAUAGAACUGGAAUUUUUCCGUCCAACUAUGUCAAACCAAAAGAUCAAGAGAGUUUUGGGAGUGCCAGCAAAUCUGGAGCAUCAAACAAAAAACCUGAGAUUGCUCAAGUAACUUCAGCAUAUGUUGCUUCUGGUUCUGAACAACUUAGCCUUGCACCAGGGCAGUUAAUAUUAAUACUAAAGAAAAAUACAAGUGGGUGGUGGCAAGGGGAGCUACAGGCCAGAGGAAAAAAGCGACAGAAGGGAUGGUUUCCUGCCAGCCAUGUUAAACUUUUGGGUCCAAGUAGUGAAAGAACCACACCUGCCUUUCAUCCUGUCUGUCAGGUGAUCGCCAUGUAUGACUAUGUAGCAAAUAAUGAGGAUGAGCUCAAUUUCUCCAAGGGACAACUUAUUAAUGUUAUGAACAAAGAUGAUCCUGACUGGUGGCAAGGAGAAAUCAAUGGGGUGACUGGGCUCUUUCCUUCAAACUAUGUUAAGAUGACAACAGACUCAGAUCCAAGUCAACAGUGACCCAAUGUUGUCUUCCAGUUGUGAAAGCACCCCAGAGACCCACUAUCCAAGUUUGACUCUAGCGUGGAGGCAGGGCAGGCAGCCCUGAUCAAAUAUCUCCUACACAAUUUGUUUACUUCGUUUGAAUGUUAGAGCCACUUGUGAUUAUUUCUUUGUGUUUCUAAUUUAUAGUUAAAAUUUAUUUGUAACAAAUUAAAGGAUAGUGGGUCUUUGUGUGGCUUUCCCUGCUGUUCACUCUGGCAUCCUUUAGCAUUUUUCUUCUUUUUUAAUUUGGUAAUUGUAGGUCAUUUAGCAUGCAUAUUGAGUUUGCCCUUACAUGGUGGGAGUUCAAACACACAAAGACCCACUAUUUGCACAAACUAUUCUUGCUGGUUUGGAAUGGGCUGCCAUGCUUUUCUAAUGUUAUUGCAACAUGUAUAUUCAUUACAGAAUUCAGAUAAAAUUUGCUUAUGUUCUGCUAUUAUAUUUGAUCUAAUCCUAAUCACAGUGACUUCUUAAUUGGCUCAAUAUGUGGUUUGCCCUCAAAUAUGUACUGUUUAUUACUUUCCAAUAUGCCACUAUGAGUACCAAUAUUUAGAUUUGUUUAAAAGCCAAGAACUGGAAAUAGUUUCUUCUCUAUUUUUUGUGUAUUCAAGAUGGAAGCAAUAACAUUUUGGGGGAGUUUUUUUUGUCUCACAGAAGAGGAAAGUGGCCUGUUCUGGCAGAUAUGUGCAGACUGGAAUAUGUUUAAUCUGUUUCAGUGGCCCAAGAAUGAGCACUAUACUAUGGUAGUUUCCUUAGGAUCUUCACGUGCUCUGGGCUAAUGAAGAUAUUGCAUCAUGUGCUGCAGCAGUUAGUUGUUACUUCCUUGUUGAUGACCUAAAAAGGGAUUAUUUUGAGGAAUGAAAGGCUCCUGUUGUUGACUGUGAGAUAAGACACCUUCCCUAGCCUAGACAGAGCAUUUAUAUCUAUAAUACAUUUUAAAGUCAGAGUUCAUGUUACCUUUCAGUCAGGUAACUAACUAUAUAUCUCAGUAUACAAAGGACACUGGUUGGCAUUCUUUUUAAUGUAUUUAAUAAAGAUCAUAAAGAAUGCUUGAAGACUUUAAAUGCCCCUGAAACAGGCAUACAGGCUCUAGUCAAGAAUGAAUGAGUGAAGGAAAGAUGUGUGGGAACAUUCCCUAUGCUCAUGAAGCUUCUUUGAGGCUAGAAGACUGAUUUUACCCUCCAGACUUCUCUGGCUGAUACCUAUUCUUCAACCACAUUGGCUGCUUUGACAUAGGAAUUUACUUCUUUUCUUUGAAUGGAAAACGCUUUAAAAAUAACAGACAUUAUUAUAAACUAAUAUACGUGAGAGUACUUAGCUGAAACAAAAAGGAGUUUUAGUAGACAGUAUUAAACUGUAUUUGAAAAUCAAUGAGAAGUUUAUGCAAUUUAAAAUGUUUACAAACUGCAGUGCAAUCUACUGUUUGUGAAUGUCAAAGUAUUAUCAGGAAAAGUGUACAUACAAUCAGAGUCAUAUUUCCUCAUAGAGUUCUGUAAGAGGAGUGAAAUAUGUUUUUAUACUUCUCAGUUUCAGGUAGAGGCAUAUUUUGUGCAAUAUUUUUGUUAAUGUGCCUAUACAUUAUGAAUUAAUUAUUUCAGUCGUACAUUGCCUAAAUCAUAACUUUACGACACUUGAGAAAGAAUCAACAGUUAACACUUCACCAACUUUAAUUGUCUAUGUUCCAAAAUACUUCGUAUUAUUGGGAUGUAGGGAGGUAUGUAUAUGUGCUCCCUGGGGUGGAGAUUUCUAGUUAGACCACCUCCAUUUUUAGCUUUUGGCAUCAUCAUGAUACUUUUAUAAAUGUGACAUUAAUAGGAAAGCAAUAAUUUUACAAUCAUUUUACAGGUGGAAUAACAGAUUUGCCUGCAUUUUCUAAAAGAGACAGUGCACAGAUUGGGUCCUUAUGCAUUCAGCUGACUCUUCCAAAUUGUAUAAAUUACCUCUUCUUGCCUUUUAUUUUCUGAACUUUCUGCUUUUGUGCCCUUUAGUUGAGUUCAGAUUAAGGACAGUUAUUUUAAAUCCAUUUUAAACCCUGAGUUAGAAAGCAGACCACCCAUUAAUUAGCCACAUUAUUUGGUUUAACAUUUUUUCUUUAUAAUAUUGAAUUUGGACUUAUAUACUGAUAAAUUAUUUCAAAAGUAUUUUUAUAGCUCAAAUUGCUUCAGUUUUUCACUGAUAAAUAUAAAUUUUUAGGAAUGACAUUCACAUAGAGCUUAGCAUCUAUAAUCAAUCUGAAAAUAAUGUAUUCAUCAGGUACUUAUGGAUUAAGUCACAUACUGGCAUAUUUAAGCUGAAUUUCAGUCUGGAAAAUAAAUUUACUGUAUCAACUGAAAUACCAGUCUUUGUAUAGGUAUUUUGUCAUAUAUUUGAGAGAAAGCUAAAAAAAGAAACAAAAUUGUAUGACAUAUAAGAAUAAUAAUAAUAAGUCUUUCUUAAAAGUGCAUGCAAUUCUUUGCAAUACCUCAUUCAGCCACAUAUUUGUUUUCUUCCUCAUUCAGUGUAAGGCAGCUUUCAAUUUGUUUAGAAGGCAACAUUAGAAGGAAAGAGUUUAUCAGAAACACAGGAUUUUAAAAUGGGGUACAACGGAAUAAAUUUGAAUUCCUGUAGGAAGUGAAGAAUCAAAAUACCUGUUUAUUUAAAGAUUACAAUAUGUGAUAAUCAUUUUUGAAGUAUUUAAUUAAACCUGAUGGGUUUUCCAGCAAUGAAAAAAAUCAGUUCUAAAACCAAAGCUGAUCUUUACAAAAUUUGAAAAUUUAAAUCAACCCUAUCCAUUAUAUAGUUUCUCUAAAACUUUAUCUCAGAGUCAUUUUAAAAUAAUACAACUAUUAAAAAGUGUAACUGCUAUUUUAUUGUUUUAAAGUGGUUUAAAACAUUUUAAAAUAUGAAUACUGUAGUUUAAAAGAAAGAAACUUGGGGAAGGAAAAGUCGAGAAAGAAAUAAAUGCCAAUUCCAGUCCAAAGCUUUAUUUGCCAAGUUUCUUAGAAUGAAUUUUACCAAGUUAUGAAUUCUUGUAAAUAGAAUCUAUAACGGAAAUACUGAGAGACUUUUGCCUAAAGUGGCAUUAUUGGAUGCUGCUGUGAUGCUACUGUAAUGUAAUAAAUUAUUAAAUUGUUGCAAAGUGCUGUUUUUGCCUUAAAAUUUUAUUUUGUGUGUCUUGAAAACUAUAGUAUUAAAGGUAUUGAGAUUGUGCAAAUGCUGGGCACGCUUGGCAUGAGAUAAUCUGUUUUAAUUUUUACAAAAUUGUACUAUAACUAUGCAAGUGUGUUUAUUAAAAGGACACAAACUA